GGGCCGGGUCUCCCAGGCGGGCAGCGACGGCGGGACACAGUCCCUGUAGCUAUGGCAGAGACGCAGGAGCUGCUGCUGCAGCUGCAGAAGGACAACCGCGACGGGCGACUGCGGAAGCAGGAGCUGGAGGAGCUGGUGCGCGGGCUCGAGGCCGAGAGCGAGAGCCUCACCGCGCGCCUGCAGGACCUGCGCGAGCGCGAGCGCAGGUGCGCAGGAAGGGCGGCUCAAUGGGGAAAAGCAGUCGCGCGAGGCCUGCAGCGGAAGCAAAGCCAGUUGGCGCGGAACCUGCGCGGGGAGGCGCGCGAGGCGGCGCGGGAGCGCGCGGAGAGAGCUCGCGGGCUGCUGGAAGCCGCGGAGCGGCGCCACCAGGACUUGGAGCAACGUAACCGGCAGCUUCAGGAGCAGUGGGAAGAGCUGUCGAGUCAGCUCUUCUACUACGGAGGGGAACAACUGAGUCAGCAGCGCGCAGAUCAGCGACUGGGGACUCAACUGAUGGCGUUGCAGGUUGUUUGGGUGGGGCCCCCAAGAUCGGAGCGGAGGCGCGGGCGGGGCCAUAAUGACCUGGGGGCGCGGAGGCUCCCUGAGGGGCGGGGGUGGGUAGAGAGGAGGCUUGCGGGGGAGUCCCGGGCGUCCUGGACUCCUGACAUUCCUUGGAUCCGUCUGAAGAAACAACUGGAGCUGGUGGAGGCCAAGCACGCCAGGCAGGCGGAGAACCUGCGGCAGGGCGCGCAGCGGACGGAGGAGGCCUGGGCCAGCUUUCAGGAGCAGAGCGGAGUCCUGCAGGAGCUGCAGGCAAAGGUGGCGGAGGCAACUGCUGCGCUGGACGCCUCGCGGGACGACCCGGAUCUGUGCGACUCCCAUCCUCGUCUGGGGCAGGACUGCGCGGGCUCGCUCAUGGAGGAGGUGGCCGAGGCUGACUGUGUGAGCGCGAACCCGGACCCGCUCUUCACGGGGGUCACCCGCACCCACGGGGCUCCGCCUCCCCUCGAGGACCCGGAACUCGUGGCGCCCCCGCGCCGGGGCCGAGCUAGAAGCCGCUCCCUCUGUCCGCAGGAGAUGCGGCUUUCCACGGGCACCGGCAGGGCUGGCAUCAGCGCCUGCUGCCGCACCAGAGCCACCUCGGAAGUUGGCUCUUCAGGGCACCGGCCUGGGCAUUGGUCUCCUGUGGUCCCCUUGCGGAACGUGCUGGUCCUGCUGGCGCCGCGCGCUCCCCGUGGCGGUCUUCGUUGGGAAUCGUCUUUUUAUAAAUAAAAAGUCUACCUAAAGGUAGACUGUUCUGCUUAGUGGAAAUGAUGAACCUUGAGUUUGUGGGUUUUUUUUUUAAUACAAAUACUACUUUUAUUCUUUACGGUUUUUGGUAGUGAAAUUGUUCCGUGUAUCUCCUUGUUGCGGACGCGCGUGCACACACCCAGCGACACGCCCCCCCCCCCCCGCCCCGCAACACACAGGUUUUGGCCGUGGUCUCCAAACAAUCGUUUUCUUAUUGAUGUGUAGGUAUUUAAGUCCUUUUGGGGUUAAAUUUGUUUAUGUAAUCCUGUGUAUAAAAUUUCAUCAAAUUUAGAAA